CGGUCCACUGCUGUCCUCUCAGGCUCUGUCAUGACAUCCUCCAUAUCUGCCAGCUCUCAGCUGAGUAAGACCCUCCGCUCCCACUACUUCAGUCUUCCUCAGGGUGGGCAGUGUCAGGUCACCUACAUCUGGAUUGAUGGAUCUGGGGAGGGUAUGCGCAGUAAGACUCGGACCCUGGACUGUGAACCCAGUGGAAUAGAGGAUAUCCCAGAGUGGAUCUUCGAUGGUUCCAGCACAGGCCAGGCCACGGGGGAAAACUGUGACAUGUUCCUGAUCCCAGUGAAAAUGUUCAGGGACCCUUUCAUUCUGGACCCCAACAAACUGGUGCUGUGUGAAGUGCUCAAGUAUGACCGCCAACCUACUGAGACUAAUCAUCGGCACCACUGUAAGAAGAUCAUGGAGAAGGUGAAGGAGUAUAAUCCCUGGUUUGGGAUGGAGCAGGAGUACACGCUGCUGGGAGCAGACGAACAUCCUUACGCCUGGCCAUCAAAGGGUUUCCCUAAACCUCAGGGACCGUACUACUGUAGCGUGGGUGCCGAUCGAGCUUUUGGUCGAGACAUUGUGGAAUGCCAUUAUAAAGCCUGUAUGUACGCAGGAGUCAAAAUCAGCGGGUCUAAUGCAGAGGUCAUGCCCUCUCAGUGGGAGUUCCAGGUGGGCCCGUGUGAAGGGACUGAGAUUGGUGAUCAGCUGUGGAUGGCACGUUUCCUGCUGCACAGGGUGUGUGAGGACUUCGGUGUGAUUGCCACACUGGACCCCAAACCCAUGAGCGGGAACUGGAACGGAGCAGGCUGCCAUACCAACUUCAGCACUGAUGCCACCAGAGCCGAGGGGGGACUGGAGCACAUCGAGAAGGCCAUAGAUAAACUCCGCCCACAACAUGCUGAGCACAUACGAGUUUAUGACCCUCAUGGCGGUGAGGACAACAAGCGGAGACUCACAGGCCUCCAUGAGACCUCCCCGAUCCACGAGUUUUCAGCGGCGGUAGCUAACCGAGGAGUCAGCAUCCGCAUCCCCCGCCAUGUGGCCCAGGACAAGCGCGGCUAUUUAGAGGACCGCCGCCCGGCUGCCAACUGUGACCCAUAUGCUGUGACUGCUGCCAUCAUCCGUACCUGCCUGUUGGAGGGGGAGGAGGAGGGGGAUAUUCUGAGUGAUUUAGAGAUUAAUGAACUGGAGUAAUAAUAAUUCAGUUUAACAUGAUAUACCUAUAAAACACAGCAGUUUUUAUAUUAGGUGCUACUUUUGUGGUCUGUGAGGUUUUCUCCUGCAGUGCUCAUUAAUUCCUUAUUGUACUAUAUUAAAUGUAUCACUGUAGUAUUUAUUGUUAUAUCUAUGAAUGAUUAAUUUAAUAAAACAAGCUUCUUG